GAAAUCUGAACGUCUCUUAUCUUCUCCUUGCCUCAUCAUCGUCGCUUAUGCGUUUAGUCUUCUAAAUAAUACAAUUUAUCUUCUUUUCCAUUUCAUUUCUCCGAGAGAACUUUUGCAUUUAAAAAAAAAAAACAAAAUCGAGAAGGAGACUGAGAAUCGUGCAGAGGAGAAAAGACACCCACCCACCAAGUUUUCAAUUUCGACGAAGAUACGUUUCAGUUUUGAUCUUGAUUCGUUCCGGAUCGGGAGAUUGGCCCACUGCAAGAUUGGAUUUUUAAUUUGGCAUCUGAUUCGAUUUGGUUAGGGAAGCUAUACUUUUGGGAGCUAAAGCAAAGCAGGCUGCUCCUGGUGAUAUUCUUAAUGGUAUCCUCAAAGUCCUUGUAACUUUUGAUCGAGUGCGUGCUUGUGUUCUAGGCAGAGAGAGAGAGUUAUGAAUCCAAUGCAAGGCCCACGGAAUAGUGAUGUGAAUCAAGGAGAUACUAAUGAACCGGAGAUGAAUGCAUUAGUAGAGAAUGAGUUCUCAAACAGUGGUACUACGCCUUCAGGACGACCUGCUCAAAAUCAUAACUGGUGGAGAUUUGGGGAGUCCAGCUCAGCGAAUCACCAGCUGCCCCCACAAGAUGGAUAUGGAGGGCCUUCUUUCUUGCGCGGUUCAGGCUCUAACGCUAUGAGCAUGGACAUGGACAGCGAUGGUUACGCUGCACAGACUUCCGGGGUCGUUUUCCGUCAUAGUAACUAUGGGAGUUCACUAGGAAGCUCAGUUCAGGCCGCUGGAGAGAGCAGUAGUGGCCCGGCCUCUUCUUUGGGUCUUUGGGGUUCCUCUUGCAAAAGAAAGGCUCUCGAAGGAGUUCCUACUGCUGAAACUCCUGACUUCGUUUCUCACAACGACAAUGCAGCUCAUCCUCGUUAUGGUGCUUCCAGUAGCUUAACGUUGGCUACACCCUCACAAACUUCUCCUAAUCCUUUUGGCCGGACAGAACCCUUGUUUGGAGGAACUAGACCGGUGGCUUCAACUAAUGCUUUUCAUUCCGUAAGAAACACUGACACUUCUUCUAGACCUGGCAGAAGAUUAAACCCGAGGCAGCCUCAGGAGUCUGUUGCAUUCAGCAUUUCACUUGGUGGAACUUCUGUGCGUCCCACUGGCUCUUUGCAACAGAAUAUAGAUCCUCGGUCAACAGCAUUCGCUAGUGGCUCAAGCAGUGGUGAGCAUCCGUCAAAUAUAGUCCAUCACCCUGCUCUGACGAGGAAUAUACACCAAUUUGCUUGGGAUAGAGGAAGCGGUUCUUCGGGUGUUGAAAUGCCACACUGGGAAACACCAAGAGGCAAUCCGGAGCAGCCCACCAUGUUUGCACCUCCAACUGACAUUAGAAACCCCGUGCAUGAUCAAUCCAUGUGGAGUUUCACACGUGGGAGUCCUGUAGAUUCUCCGUUCGCUUCUCGAGGAGGGCCGAGUUCAGCUAUUCAUGGGCAGCAGCAGCAGCAGCCAUCAAAUCCCGCAUGGAUUCCUCCUCAGAGUGGCCCAAUACAUGAUCCAACGAGAGCAUCAGAACUAUCUCCUUGGUCUUUAUUUCCUAGUAUUGAAUCUCAAUCUGCUAGUCAUGGUCCCUUAUUGCCCACAGGUCCUUCUCUUUCCUCAAAUGAGGCUGCAAUGCCAUCUAGCUCUAAUAGCCGGAGCCAUCGCUCACGGCAAAGAAGGUCAGGGUUGUUAUCUGAGAGACAGAAUGAGCUUCUCCACUUGCGUCACUUAGGGAGGAGCUUAGCUGCUGACAGUGAUGGAAGGAAUCACCUUAUCUCUGAGAUACGUCAGGUGUUGUCCGCCAUGAGAAGAGGGGAAAGUUUACGUAUUGAGGAUUACAUGGUGUUGGAUCCACUUAUCUUCCAGGGUAUGACUGAAAUGCACGAUAGGCAUCGAGAAAUGCGCCUGGAUGUCGAUAACAUGUCGUACGAGGAGCUAUUGGCACUUGGGGAACGCAUAGGAGAUGUGAGCACUGGACUAAGCGAAGAUGUCAUUCUGAAAACAAUGAAACAGCACAAAUGUACAUCUUCUUCUCCUGAGUUGCAUCAGUACAUGGAGCCUUGCUGUAUUUGUCAGGAAGAAUAUGCAGAAGGUGAUGAUCUUGGGACCUUGGAAUGUGGCCAUGAGUUCCACAAGGACUGUAUCAAGCAAUGGGUCAUGCUCAAGAAUCUCUGCCCCAUAUGUAAGACCGUGGCAUUAACAACGUGAUGGUACUCUCAUCUUAAUUGCGCAUCCCGGCUCCAUUCCUCAUCCUUUCGAUGCCAAAAGAAAAGAAAAAAAAAAAAGAUCUUAAAGAACUGUUCUUCUAUCUAUCCCUAUCUCAUAUCAAAUAUUUUUGUUAUGCUUGCUCGUUAUGUCACACUGUUAAGAGAACAUUAUGACAAACAAAUUCAUAACAUAUCCAUGGAGAAAGAAUAAUUCAUUAGAAUCCUUUGUAAUUGUUGAUAGUUGAUUGUUGAUUGUUCAUUUCUUAAUAACAUGCCUUUCAAUU